GCUGCCAACCUUCUGUUCUUUGCUCUGCAUGGGAGUGGCCCGGACUUCAACACUGUACAACCACAGGGGCUCCAUUCACGCUGGAUCAUGUGAAUGGGGCACCCUGGAAUCCUGCAGAUAGAGUUGGCACGGCCACCCCGGCGGCCACAGCCUACGCGACCGUACCUGGCAAACACGGGUGCUGGCUUCAUCCUUCGAGGAAACGGAUGAUAAGAACACGUGUGGGGGAAAGGAGGCAUUAUUGGCGUGGAGGUUGAGGACAGAUGUGCAUGAGGUUGUCCGAGUUCACCCAGGAGUGUGUUCCAGGUGGGCUAAAGUCCAUGGCUGUUACUCACCAUGGCCACUGUGAUCCUAUGAUUGCCAUCUCACAUCCCCGUCUGGGGUGCCCUGGGCCUGCACCACAGCCUGGACGGCCACCCUUGGGGACUCUGGCUGGCAGGCGUCCGAGGAGACUCACCUUUGGCUCUAGCUGGAGCCUGAAGAGGACACGCUCUUUUCGGCCGGCAGAGUGACAGUUCCCAUCUGCAGAUGUCCCUGUGGGAGCCCUGGCACCUGGUGCAGGUGGGAUUCUGCUCAGGGCUCCACCACUGCAGCUGCAUCAAGGGCAGGCACGCAGCUCGGCAGACCUCCGGAGCCCGUCAGAGCUGAGUGGCAGGACAAGGCAGGAGAGGGUCUAAGGCUCUCCCGGCCAGGCCCCACGUUCCUCUUGGUGGGAGAGGAGGCUUGAGGGAAAAGGAAGAGGGGGGCAGUGAAUGAGGAGAGGGGUCGACCUCUUCCUCUCCACUGGGGUCCAGGUGGAUUCCUCUAAUCUCAGGAGCCUCGGAUUCUGCACUUCUUUCCCCUAGAAACGGAAAGCUCCACCUGACCAUGGCCUGGGGCAUACACUUUAGAGCCCCAUUACUGUGCGGGAGGCGAUCUGAAAAUGGAACUGAGUUGGUGGAAGCGGGGCUGGCAGAUCUAGCCACUGAGGGAUGAGUUCACGCCUUCCACGACUUCGUCCGUGGGCUUCUCCCGUCCCACACCCUGUCGAUCAUGGCCCAUUAUCCCUGGAGCAGCGCUUGGGGCUGGAGUUCUGUCCCCACCAGAACCCACCUCGAUGUCUCCGGUGGCAAAAAACCAAAGCUGGAGAGUCCCUGACACGUGUCUUCCCCUUGACACCAGCCCGUUGUGCUACCGGGCCAAAGCUUUGACCCUGACAUGCUUCUUGAGAAUUGAGCACUCCUCUGUGUAUGCUGGGUGCUUUGCGUGCAUCACGACAUUUACUGUCCGAAACUGAUGAGCUGCCGGCAGCUCUCCCCUUGACCCCCUUACAAAUAGGACACUAGGGCUCAGAGACAUGGCUCUCCUUGGAAAGUAGGUGCCCGGCCAGAGGCGGCAGGACAGGAACAAAGAGAUGGAUCAAAGAGCUACAGUGCACCCUGGCCCCAAGACCCGACCAGAGUGCAGCCACCCAGUCAAAUGACCCGUGUGGUGGCAAACCAAGAGCCUCUGUCACCACUGGUUAAAGUCCAGAGGCCUGGCCCAACAAGGGGUGCGCUGGUUGGCGGAGACGGGACCAAUGAGAAGGUGCGAGGCCGUCGUCUAGGGCACAGGGAAGCCACGCGCUGUCUUCUACUUCCACCUGGGGUGAGCGUCACUGUUUCUGUCAAGUGACCCGCUUGGCUGGGUUCUGCUCUCCCCUCCCCCAUUCCGCCGUUACCAGGACGACUGUCUCCCCACAGCCCAGGCUGCCGGGACUGACACCAUGAGCUCGCCUGACGAGGUGCCUGUUUGGGGGACCCAUUUGGACCUGGAGGGUGGCGAGCAGGCUGGCGCCCUCACGGUCAGCCCCAGAGCCCCACGGGGCCAUGGCCACGGCCUGUAUUUCAGGGUGCUGCACAGCUGCAAGGGCGAGGGCGAGGGCGAGGGUGGGUUCGCAGAUCCGGGGGGCAUCAGUGUGGAGUCAGACAGCGAACUGAUAGAGGAGGGAAGGGUGGUGCUCUGGGGCCGGGAAGCCCCGCCUGGCAACCCGGUCGACGACCAAAGGGACGGUGUGGAAUACUCGUCUUGCCUGGCCAAGGAGCCAGCCGCCAUCGUGCCGCCCACCAGCGUCCAGGGACACCCGUCCCCAGAAGGCGCUGCUGCCAAAGGGUCAGCUGACAACUGGGCGGGACCGGAGGUCCGUCCCAGUGAGAGAGGCUUGCUGGGCCCCAGGCCUGGAAAAAGGCAUCAUGCCUCCGCCCGCCCUCUCCACCUCACUGGUCCUAGGGCAGGCCCGGCCUGGCAGCACCUGCAAAGGGGCUCGAAGAGCACGUGGAGAGUCCGCGUGGAUCUCCAGCAGCCCUCCGCCAAAGGCCCCGCCGUGCUGUCUGUGGAAGACUCUGAUUCCACAGAUGAGAGCUGCGACUUGCGGCCGAUGAGGGUGGGCAUUCACCGCAAUGGAGGGAGCCAGGCCAAGCCCCAGAGCCCCAAGAAAACAGCAGGCGCACGGAGGCACCGCAGGCAGAGUUUCUCGCUGGUGCCGGGCCCUUUCCUGACCUCUGCUCCGCGCGGACUCACUCCACUUGUGGAGAGGCCGGCUGUGGGAGAGCUGGAGAACUCUCCCUGGAAGAAAAUACACAGCCGGGCCCGGGGAAAUGUGGAGGUCAGGCCCAGCUACUCAGGAGCUGCCACGGCAGGGGCCCUGCCCCGGGGCCCUCGGAGGAGGAAGACGGCCCAGGAGAAGAAGUCCCAAGGAGAUGCCUCUCAACUGGCCCUGGGGAGAGCCUUGCCUAUCUGCCUAGAGAGACUCUCAGCCACUCCCCAGGAGCCGGCCACCUUCCCGCCAUUCUUAGGUGUGCCGCAGGGGAUGUCCAAGAAACCCCAAAAGCCUAAGCACAGCAGCCCUACCAGGAGGAGAGCCACAGGAAGUGGGACCAGGGAGUCCCAGGCUGCGGCCAGAGAGGAUAAUGACACACAUAGAGAGGACAUCCCAGGGGCCCAACCUCCCCCACAGAGGCCAGGGCUGUCUUGCCCUUGCAUGCAUUGUGGAGAAUUCAGCAGUGGCGACCCCAACAUCAAACCUCCGCAAGUUCCAGGAACUUCAGAGCCCUCGGCCUACAGCCUGGGAGGCCUCCUGCCCAGACGCCGUGCCCACUCCAGUGAUCACAUCUCACCGGUGACCAUCAGCCAGCUGUCCAUCCUCCAACACCGGAAAGGCAGCAGCCACCUCCGGGAGCCCAGAAAUGUCUCCGGCGGUCUAGUGCAUAUGGCUACAGAGGGAAAUUGACCGUCUUACAGAGCAGUUAGAAUGGAGUCAGAGUCUUCCAGUAAGGCAAGCAGCUGCUACCUCUGGAGCCCCAGACCUGUAGCCAAGCUGCUUUUCUCGGUAUCCUCUUCCACUACAGCUGCCUCCCUUCCACUGCAAUGCAGUUCAAAGCAGUUUCAAAUAAAGUCAUUCUCAUA